AUGACUGUCUCUUGCGAUACCCCUUCUGGAAAUAUAUCCCCUACGCCUCAGCAGGCGAAGAAGAUUGAGUCUCUGAAGGCAUCUAUACCCAAGCUUCAAGAGCAAGUUGAGAAGACAGAGUUGUCCAUAGUCAAUGCAAGAGAGAAGCUAAAUGAAUUGGCCAAAGGACUUAACGAGCCUCCAGAUGCCAACGGGAUCGUAAAGAAACAUAUUCGACUUCUUCAUGAUUACAAUGAGAUCAAAGAUAUCGGGCAAGGAUUAAUAGGACUCAUAGCUCAGAGCCGUGGAGAGAGGCACAUUGAUGUACAAAACGAGUUCGGAAUAGCAACUGCAGAUUAG